UUCCUAUGUUUCCCUUGGUGUGAGAAGGAAGAUACUAAGUUAGGUAGCUAGCUAGGUAGCUAGCUAGGUGAGUUCGCUAGUUGGAUUUUUUUUUCUUGGAUGUUUUUUUCCCCCAAUGCUAUUUCGAAUCAUAUGUUUCUACGCCAGCCUCAAUUCUUCUACCUUCCCUUUCUGUGGUACUACAUGUGACGGUCGUACCUAUAUAUUUGCUCCGGCUAACUUGUCCUUCGUACGUAGGUAGAUUUUGUUCGUAAAGUACUACACUUGAAUUAGGGCUUCCCAUCUAAGGAGUUGCUGUAUUGCCCUUCCCUAUUCACCAAGAUGCAUAUCCACGAAAUGCUCGCGGACGCCGAGAGGACUGGUCAGCCGUCCUUCUCCUUUGAAUACUUCCCUCCCAAGACAGUCCAAGGUGUGCAAAACCUGUACGAUCGAAUGGAACGUAUGUACGACUUCGGGCCUAAAUUUAUCGACAUAACAUGGGGAGCUGGAGGGCGUAUCGCUGAACUGACCUGCGACAUGGUUGUUCAGGCCCAAGCUUAUUUUGGUCUCGAGACCUGCAUGCAUUUGACUUGCACUGAUAUGGGGGAGGAGAAAAUCAACGAUGCGUUAAGGAGAGCGUACAAAGCUGGCUGCACCAACAUACUGGCAUUACGAGGAGACCCCCCACGAGAAAAAGAGAAGUGGGUAGCGACCGAUGGCGGUUUCCAAUAUGCGAGAGAUCUUGUCGCUCACAUACGGAAAACCUACGGGAAUCACUUCGACAUAGGUGUUGCCGGCUAUCCAGAAGGUUGCGACGACAACAAGGAUGAGGAUUUGCUGCUAGAUCACUUGAAGGAGAAAGUCGAUAUGGGCGCCACGUUUAUUGUCACCCAGAUGUUUUACGACGCUGAUAAUUUCGUGGAGUGGGUGGGCAAGGUGCGAGCAAGGGGAAUCACUAUUCCCAUAAUUCCCGGGAUUAUGCCCAUUGCAACCUACGCUAGCUUUAUCCGACGAGCGAAUCACAUGAACUGCAAGGUGCCUGAGGAUUGGAUGACAGCACUUGAACCGAUAAAGAAUGAUGAUGCUGCCGUGAGAGAGGUUGGGAAAACGUUGGUCGCUCAACUGUGCCGAAAGAUCAUGAGCGCCGGCAUUGUCCAUCUUCACUUUUAUACGAUGAACUUGGCACAAGCAACCCGCAUGGUUCUGGAGGAGUUAGAUUGGAUGCCGACUACGAACCGUCCUCGAAAACAGCCCUUGCCGUGGAAGCAAUCUCUUGCCCUUGGCCGACGCGAAGAGGACGUCCGUCCCAUAUUCUGGCGCAAUCGUAACAAAUCUUACGUUUCGAGAACCCAGGACUGGGAUGAAUUUCCAAACGGCAGAUGGGGUGAUUCGCGUUCCCCAGCCUUUGGCGAAUUGGAUGCGUAUGGCAUUGGCCUAACUGGUACCAACGAGUCCAACCGGAAGAGAUGGGGUGAACCUAGUUCCGUGCAAGAGAUUGCGAACUUGUUCGUCAGGUACAUCGAAAGAGAGAUUCCUUCUUUGCCCUGGAGCGAAGCGCCCCUGACUUCUGAAUCCGACGCCAUCAAGGACGAACUCAUCAAGUUAAACCAACGUGGCUUGCUGACUAUCAACUCUCAGCCAGCCGUAGACGGUGUUAAGUCUACGCACUCCGUCUAUGGAUGGGGCCCCCCGAAUGGGUAUGUGUAUCAAAAGGCUUAUCUAGAACUGCUAGUGUCUCCUGAAUUAUACCCAGAGAUCAUUCGGAGGAUUGAUGCAAAUCCGGAUCUGUCGUACUAUGCUGUGACUCGAUCCGGGAAGAUCGAGACAAAUACUCCAUCCGAAGGACCAAACGCGGUUACAUGGGGUGUCUUCCCAGGCAAGGAGAUUGUUCAACCCACGAUCGUCGAGAGCAUCAGCUUCUUAGCCUGGAAAGACGAGGCCUUCAGGCUUGGCAUGGACUGGGCUCAUUGCCACGACGCCAACUCGCCCAGUCGCGUUUUGAUUGAGAAAGUCAUGAAUGAGUGGUAUUUGAUUAACAUUGUCAAUAAUGACUUCCGUCAGCCACGAGCUAUUUUUGAGCUCUUUGAUGGGCUGGCUGUCAAAGACAUUAAUGUGCCCGCAAAAUCAGGGCAAAAUGGUCAGGCUAAUGGGGUUCACGGGGAGUCAAACAGCAAUUCAUCCAUCAACGAAAAUGGAGCAGUCGCAGUAGCAUGAGCUUUUGCGACAGUAUAGGCAGGUAACGGCGCAUUUGAACUUUUCAACAAGCAUUUGGCUACACUGGGUGACGGGAGUUACGAUUUCAACAAGCAUAUAUCCAGGCGUUUGGAA